AUGGCUUGCUCAAGCGCUUUGGUAUUCUGUGUCACUCACCGUGAAAACCGUGAUGAGGCGUUUUUGGUUGGUGAAUUGUCCAAAGUGCGCAUGCCAUUGGCCAAGGGUUUCAAAUACUUUACCGACGCAGCCAGUCCCGAGAGUCAAACGAAAAUAGGCAACUUAAAGGAACCAGUCGAGCGUUUUAUAGUCAAAUUAUCUACUUAUUUGGGCCUCCAAGCAAACCUUUGCCAUGAAGUGUUUGUUCAAUUUCUUGCUGCCCACGAGAACUUGGAUGACUCCUCUAUUCAGAGAUUAUUUAUGAAUGGACGAAUGCGCAGCCUGUUGAAUCGCGUCCGCGUCUUUUAUUGGCAGGAGCGCCUAGCCCUUUGUGGGCUUUUUCGCUUGGCACUCUGCUACUGGCAUGUCGCUUGGGCUCCCAUCUCUGAUGUCCUGUUCGCUAUGACAACAUUUAAAUCACGAGCAGAGCUGAUAGACGCUUUGUUAGAUGAUUAUCAACGCGCAACACAAAACACAGAGCUAUUACUGAAGAGUCGAAGCCAUUUUGUAGAUAACACAUAUUUUAUACCAACCUUAGGUGUGCCUGAUAUAGAGCACGAGGAAGAUUUUAAUGAGCUACUUGUGCUGCAAUUGCGGGAGCAACUAGAGCUACUGCAUGCCAUAUUCGUGGGAGUUCAUGCCAUGCCACUGUCGAUGGAUUCGGGGUCGUCAGAGUUUACAAGGUUUCUGGAGACAUUCUGGUCGAAAUCAUUCGGUUUGCAUUCUAGCAUGCUUAACUCUUUUGGGAAACAUCGUACAAUCAUGAACAGGAUAUGCUUCCUUCAGACUCUCAUCCUGAUUCGUACCGCCCGCUUGGAUGCCCCAUCGCUAUUUCCUGAUGCUCACAAGGUUCAAGCGCGUGAUUCCCGUCACCCAAACACUCGUCGACAGAUUGGUAGUUCUCAAACUACUAAUCGCCUGACCGGCACUCCACCAACGUCAACGGACUCUCGAGUCCAUUUCAUGUCCAAUCACCGCUUGCUCAAUCGUUUCCUCGUUAGUUUGUCCAAUUUGGGUGAAUUGCCAAUUCAUGGGCCUCUGUUGCUAUUCGGAGCCGUGUGUGCCACAUCAUUUGGAUCGGAUACCCGCGAUCUUAUGUCGCACACUAAGGACUCUGUCGCUGAUGACGCCGCUGAGUCACCGGAAGAAUUUAGUGAGGCCGCCCUUUUGAUCGCCGAGCAAUAUGGUCAGCUUGCCGUGGAGUCGUUGAAAGUGUUUACGUUCUUGAACACACAGUUAGAUGAACUCAUGGAUGAGCCUUCUUCAUUGCUAACGGAUACUACUCAAAAAGCGUCGGAAGGCGAAGACUGGCUGAUCAAUGUACGCGAUCAGGAUCUCUUGGGAUUUUGUGCUCAUGUUGUUGUCUUUGACCUCCUUGCUCUACUGACUCGGGACAUCGUCCUGUGGUCACUAGACUCCCGUUCACUAAACCCGAGUGAUCAAUCAUACGAAUUGUUCGGCCUACCUAACCGGACCGCAUUCAUCCGGCUAUUCUCUAAGGUAUUGCGUGUGGUCGCCGAACACGUCCAUUUUGCAUCACGUUCACCGUGUGCAGAAUUCGCUCCCAGCGGCGCUCCUACAAGUGAUUUCGGAGCGGGCCUUGGAAUUCGCCUAGCCAGACUGAUUGAAACCUUAGCUGAAAGUUUUCCUCAUGAUUUGAGCAUUUUGCGUCUGUGUACGGCCCUCAUGAUACCGAACAAUCAGAGUGCACAAAAAGAACAAUCCAACACACAUUCUGAACAAUCCCUCGUACAAUUGGUGUCGGAGCUUGUUUGUUCCAUGCCUUAUUUGGCCCAACCCCUGACUUCCGAUCUGUCUGCUCGCCUGAAUCAGAUUACUCCUUGGUAUCCACAGCUUGACACUGGGGGAGACUUCGUCCCGACGGAUGAAUUCGUUCUGUCCCGUCCGUUCAUCGUUUGGACCAAUGGAAACCGCACGCUCUGGCAUGAUGCUUCUCCAACUGUGGAUCGCUUAUCCAAAGGGCAUUUGGAGCUGCCGGCUGGUACACAUGGAUUCGUGAAACAGGAUAUCGGAUUGUUGGUGUGGAAAUACGACUAUUCCAUCUGGACCGUGAUAGACCACGAGAUUAUCAUGACUUCAGUCGCCCUUGAUACGCUCGUUCAACAUGGCCCCGACUUUCUCCACUCGGACUCGUAUACAUCCUCGUCGCUACUCGAGCCGGAAUCUGAUUAUGAUAGACUUUUCUCCUGUUUGCUUCGUUUGCACGAAUUUGUGCGUUUCGCUUCGGCUUGCAUUCAGGCAAAUAUUCACGUGUCUUCCUGCCUACACACCGUCGAGUGCGUCUGGCCUCUUCUUAUCCAAUGCCUGCAGUACUUUGCUCAGGACACACAUCGGUUCACGUUCGUCAAAGCUUCGCGUACCGUUCAGGACACUUGUUCCCCCGAAACGAAGUGCAGAGAUCGAUUGCGCGACCUGUUGUUUAAUCAAGUUCUACCCAGUGUGCUGCAUUUGUUGUCCAUCGCUUUGGCCACCGUAUGCGACGACCCCAGCUCCCAUCACCCAUUCUCCUACGAUCGUGUUACGUUGUGGCAUCAAUUACUCAAUGAAGGAGGUGUUGUCUUUCCACGUUUGUUUCGCACUGGUGGAUCUCAGAAUCGGUCGAUGCCACUUGCACUCACACCUUGCCACCUUACCGAUCAAUUGUCACAGUACACAGUACGCAAGGGAAGUUCCGAAUAUGCCUAUGCUUCGCAAACUUCCCGUGGUUUCGAACUGCUAUCCGCAUACCUCGGUUUCGCUUCCGGCCUGCUGACUUACGCCAAGCGGUUUUGUAUGUUUGAUGAUCCAUUUGACGCGCGGUCCGGCCUCCAGCGUUCCCGCAAUCAUUUUGAAGUACUAAGCGGAGCCAUUCUUCUGGUAACCCAACUUCUCUCAAGCAUUUGUCCAAUGGAUGCUCAAAGUGGGCGUAGACAAAGCGACGACAUGCUCAUUCUAACCGAGCGCUGUCUCACCCUGUUGACCGACGUGCUCACCUCCAGCGUUCCGGAGCACCAAUCCUCAACCAACGCACCCGAAAAUACGCUGAAUGUUAUCACUUUCUGUGGCGAUGAACCAGCUAACCAGCCCGCUUCUACAAUGGAUGCGAUCACCCGACUUCAGAAAUUGGCUCUUCACCUCUUACUCAACAAUUCGAAGGCCGUUGAAAGUCUUUUGGUCUGUUCUUCUAUUCCUCUGCGAUCCCUUCUCACUCAGUAUCAGUCACCUGGUCACGGCCUCUCACUCCCCUUGUCCUAUCCAUCUGCAACUCGACCCCACUCAUCCAAAGGACGCUUUGGUCGUAUUGUUUGGCUUGCAUUGUGUUUGGUUCACCGAUUACUCAGUCUAGAGUGCACUCAGAUCGUACCACAGGCUUCUUCGACAUCCCGCUCUAUGCCUUUCAUUAACGCUCUCAAACGGCGCACAAAUCCAUCUACUCAGGAACACUACUUGGUGACACUAUUCUCCUACCUUCACUAUCCGUACAACGUGUGGUUGGGUCGUGCAGCGGUGUCCAUCUUAAAGUGGCUCAUUCAGUACUCUGAUAUCGACUUGAUGGAAUACGUGGAGCUACGCUCAGAUGCAGUGCGUAGCGUUUGCCUUCAACGUCUCGCAUCGAAAUUAGACGAUCAACUAACCCGGGCCAACCUAUUUGACUUCAUCGCAGAGACAAUAUUGUGCGCAGAACAAUCCGUCACUGUUACUACAAACAAAUCGGACCCACGUCCGGACGGAUUCCUGCGUCUGCUUAUGACGAAUAAAUCUCAUCGAAGGAAUGUUCUCGGGGAUGACUUUUGGUGGGACAGUGUACUAAGAGUCGCUCAACUUCAAGAAGAGUCGGAAAAAGUCGACUGUCUUCACUGCUGUAUCCUAGCACUAGAGGAAGUCCGGGAAUUAUCUGAGAAAGGCCCGUUGGAUCAGGUGUUCAUUCUUUUGGUCCGGAGUGUGACGAAGUUGGUUGCGGCUCUUUAUCUGCAAGAUCUUCACACCUAUACUUCCAUGUUGGAAUCGCGCCCCGACUUUUGGGAGCUCCUCGUGUGCCCACUAUUUACCGUCUUAGAAACUGCUGCAAAUAAGCCUUCACUUUCCAAUGUUGAAAAUGAGGUCUGCGGUCACAUCAUUAGCGUGAUCGGUUUGGCUUUGUUCAAUUCAUUCACACUGCAAACGGACUCUAAACCCAGUAACGAUCUGUGGCAAAUCGUGAAACAGUUGAAUGACAAAGAUAGCUGCGCAUCGUGGUUUGGGUUGGUAAACAAGCGAAUCGACUUUCUCCGGCACAGCGCCUCCCAUUCCGAACUCUCUACAGAUGAACAACAGACGAUGUGGCAGUCCCACUUCUCUUCGCUUCAUGACGCCACCUGUCGAUGGAAGUGUUUCCUGUGCGUCCAGCUGAAAUAUUUGGCCAUUCUAACUGAGGAUCAGUCGGCUGCUGAUUCAGUCAUGCACAUACCCUUGCGUACCAACAAUCUUAUCGAGCAACUCUUGACUUGCCUUUUGAGUGUUGCGGAGGAUAGGAAAAGUCGGAUCAGAUUUAGCGCUGACGCCCUUAUUGACCAACUUGGAACCUGUCUCACGCUCGCUGUGAGACACCACUGUCAGCAAUCAUCUGUUCCCUUGAGCGACAUCAACCGCUAUCUUGUCCAACUUAUCCAUCUACUGGUGCUAUUCCGGUUGGACCCCUGCGAGCAAGCUCGUCACAUACAUGCGGAGCUUUUAGCAUGCUGUUGCCUUCUCAUUCGCUCCGCAGAUCGUCCACUUGUCGCUUCCGAUUCUGCCACACCUCGAACUGAUGCCGUGAAGACCCUUCGCUCAGAAGCCUUGGAUUGCGCUUUCGGCUAUUUGGCACAGUUAUCUGUUUGCACAGAUCUCACUGUUGCAGACGAAUUGGCUGCUCGCCAGGCGUUAUGCCUCAUGUUGUGUCUGUGGGAUGAUACACUGUCUUCCGACGUUUCUGCUCGCUUGGUCAAGACCGGAGUGUUGCACAAUCUACUCAGUCUACUGGAGCAAUAUUCCAAGGCUCAAUUAGGCGCUGGUCUUUGUCAUGAUAUUUUUGCGUUCCUGUGUCGCUUCGCACUCACGCCAAACAUUGAAACCAACGCAAAGACAACUGUUGGCCUAUACCCUGAUAUCAGCAAAGCUGGUUUGUUUAUAGACUCGGGCUGUGGCUCUCGAAUGGAAACAGAUACAGCGCCCUCAUCACUCCUUUCAGGAGCCGACAUAAUCGCCUCUUAUGAAGACGUUCUGUCUCAUGCCUUGGUUUGGCCAUCAACGGAAACGCUAUUGCAAUGGAUCCACGAGUAUGAGACGUCUUCUGGGGAAUCUCACACAGAUUUCACAACCUUUGCUCCAUCCGGCGGAGACUGGAUCGCAUUCAUCUCCGUUCAAUUGCAAUUCCUAUGCCUUAUGCAUGAUCUGCUGAAAAACGCACAUCAUCCAUUUGUCACUCGAUUAUUGAAUACUUUUUGCUUCGAAAACGGGAUCCAACUGGAAGCUUUGAUCAAGUUGUGGUACGAGCCACUCCAUUCCCUCAACCGAGAUAGUGGCUUUCACACCUCUCUCCCACCUCUACUAACCCUGUUACAAAGCGAAGUGUUGUCCUUGCCCCGGAUCCGAUUGGCUGACCGUGUGCUUUCCGUUUUGUGGCGUGCGCUGGUGUCCACUCAAUCGCUGCACAACAGCCCUUUGGCUUGUGAGUCUGGAUUGCCUUCCCUUGGAUUCAACAUGCUUUUCCGUUCAACAAUUAACUCGGGAGCAUCGGUGUCCUACAUUGCAUCGUAUGGUCCCACUCUCUCCACAGCAGUCGUCACUUCUGCGUUUUUAGAGGCUGAAUCCCAAGUUCACCUUUGCUCCACCUUACUCCGUCGUUCAGGGUUUCGCACCUAUAUCGUCAGAUCCCACUCAACUUCAUCUGCCGCUGCAGUACCUGCUGCUGCUGUUGCCACCACCACAGUCAGUUCACAGUUAACACCGACUAUAUCGGCCCGGAUAUCGGAUGUCCCCACUCCGGAUCCAGCUUCCACGCGUUCUCAUGUAACAAAGCUUCGAGAUAGCCUCCAUCACACAUGCAUUCCUUCAGUAGCCUUUACCGAAUCCGAUUGCAGGGAUGAGGCUCAGCUCGUCUGUUUCGUUCGCCAUCUUAUAAGUUGCCUCAGUUUACUGGGCACCCAGCUCCCAUCUUUGGGCUACCUGAGCUUGAUGACUUCCGAAGAGCUUCAUGAACUUCGCACCCCAAUCGAAUUCAUUUUCAACGCUCCAAUUCUUGAGGACAAAACCCGUCAUCUAUCAUUUGGCACACUAAUCUCUCUGGCUCAUUCACUGCAACACUUGGUCUCUAAGGUAUCCGGCCGUCUUCGAAGCAGCUCACCUUUUGGGUCGCCCAAAACAAGUCAACAUCGUGGCACACUGUUGUCUCUCUUAGUUCAAGCUCGCGAGCUCACUCUAUCCAUUAUUUUCUCCCAAGCUACUCUCGCAUUGGCCAGUGCCCAGAUUUCGCCUGCUGACAAGCAGCUUUUGGUACGAGAGCUAGCUGGUGAAUUAGGUGCCUCCUGUCCUUUUGGUCGAUCUUCUCGUCGAAGCCAAUCUUUCAGCCGUCGGUCUAGCACCAUUCAUUCUUCCCACAGUCCAGAAAGUCGUUCUCCCAGCACCCAACGACAACGGAUCAAUCCUCGGGAUUCGUCUCCCCACACCCCAGCGCUUGCAUCGAUGGCCGCUGCAGCUACGCGUUCGACUAACUUCUUCGGAAAUGGGAUCUUUAUUGGCGACUCCUCUGAGGCAUUUGGCUUUGAACAAGCCGUGGAGCGCUUUGCAGAUCUAUUGCGGCUGACGCUGUAA